GUUUCCCUGUCAGUAAAUCAGUUGCGCUUGGUCUAUGAUUCAAACUGUAGUGAAAGUGAUCCCAAUGGAAUUACUAAAAAUUCUCCUCAUGGUGAUGAUUACUGCUAAGCUGACAGGUGGAACCUAUUACAACGAAACUUUUCAAAAUGGCACUUUUCAUAAUGGCACGCAACAGUAUCCGAUUAUGAAUAAUACAAACAUCACGCUUCCUAUGCCAUUUAGUACAGUUACCUAUCUCCCCCCUCUAGCAACGACGUCGCCGUCGUUCCCAGAAUUAUCCAGUAUUCCAUUGUACAAACAUCCGCACUACGAUGAAACCGGAACUGCUCUAUGGUUUCCAAGAAUUGUGGGUGGUACACCAGCCACUUUCGGUGAGUUUCCGUCAAAAGUUUCAUUACAGCUCGUACUAAACUCUGCACACUUCUGCGGUGGUACCUUACUCACUAUGAAGCACGUGUUAACUGCUGCACAUUGCCUGUCUAAUAUCGAAGGUAUUCCAUGGAGUCCUUCCAGGUUUCAGGCCAUGGCUGACGACUUGAACGUGCUGCCCAAAAUGGCGAGCUCAACUCGUCAGAUUCGACAAGUUAAGUUUUUUGUAAUUCAUGACAAAUACAGUCCAUCAACAUUGGCAAACGAUAUCGCCGUCGUCACACUCGUUAGUGAAUUUACUAAAACUAACUCAUUGUAUCCAUCUAAACGGGUUUCCAGUGCUCCAGCAGCCGGUGAUCUUUGUUCCUUAGCCGGAUGGGGUGUAACAUCGGAGCAGUCUCAAACGGUCAGUCCAACACUGCAGAGAGUCAACCUGGGAGUAGUGGAUUUCAACCGUUGCAAUACGAUUUAUCAGGGAUCAUUAACCAAAGGAAUGCUGUGUGCCUGUUCUCCCGGCAAGGACGCUUGUCAAGGUGAUUCAGGAGGGGCACUCAUCUGCCAGAACCGAGUAGCCGGUGUUGUGAGCUUUGGUGCUGGAUGCGCACACCCUGAUUUUCCCGGUGUCUACAUGGAUGUAGCACACUUUGAAAAGUGGAUUGGAAAGGCCCUUAACAGUGCCGCUCAAAUGAGUAUUUUUGUUAGCUGGAGUGCACUGCUGUUCGUAGCUGUUGCGAUCAAAGCUUUGGUCGCCUAGAAACAGUUCUGUUAGUCCACAGUCCGAAGUAGAAUGCCAGAACAAUCGAAGAGGAUUCAAGAAAUAUGUUUGAUAGAGUAAUAUGUUUUAUUCUAUGGUAUGAAAGAGAUAAAGAAUCGGCCAUUGCUCUCGAAUAAAUU